UACUUUCUAUCUCUUACGGUUUGCUAGUUGCAAUAUAAUACAAGUGAAUUUGAACAGUAAAAUAUUGCGUAAUGCAUAUCUAUAUACGCUCUACGCAUCUGAGAAGUUUCAUAUUUUUCGGAAUUUGUAAAUUCGGGAUCUUCCCUUAUAAACAUGCGUCUUUAGUAAUCAAAUUUUGCCGCUAUCGUACACAGUGAAUUUUUAGGCGAGUUUCUUUUGUCUUUUAAACAUGUGAUAUGAUGCAUUCCCAUUGGUCGCUUAUCGCCCUAUGAUUGGUCAGCACGUCGGUGCAUCUUCUAUUGACGGCACGUAGAUCCAUAGUUUGUUAGCAUUUUGCUUCGCUGCAAUUACAUAUUAUAAGAAAGAUUUACGCAUUCAUAAGAAUCAUUUUUACUAUUUAUUACAUUUAAAACGAUUUUUUCAUCAAAUUAUUAAACAAACGUAUGUUUCUCCAAUGUCAUUUACAAUAUUGCAUAGAAAAUAGUUAUAUAGUACCAAAAAGGUUAUAUUUUUCUUUUCCUUUUUCUUAUUUAUUUUUAUAAUUUGUUGAUUGAGCAGCGGUGUGCUUUCUGUUUAUAAUAUGACAGCGAUUAUUCCCUUUAUAACGUGGUCAUAUUUCGAUUUUUAUUAAUUAUUACAUUUGAUAAUGAUAUGAGCUGAAGGACUAUUCAAAAAAGUAAAAAAAAAGAAAAAUUGGUAAUAUCAUUUUUUACACACAAUGUAUCCUGUUGUAACAGAAGUUGCGAGUGAGGUUAGGAUUGAAAUUUUACUCAAUACAUCACUAAUGCAAACUAUUAUUUUUAAUUUCUCAAAGACGAGACUUGUGAAGUCUGAUGAAUUGUAUUCAAGUAAACCAAGUUGGAGAGAGAAUAAAUAUCACUGAAGAUGUCAUUAAAAAAAAUGAAUUUGGUAAAUUUAGAUUUAUUGAAAAAAUGUCUUACGAAGAAAACACAAUGUAAAUGAAUCGUUUAAUAACAUCGUGUGAACAAGUAUAUCAAAAAAUGUAUUUGUGGAGUACCAUAUAUUGAAGCUUCAUAUGUAUGAUGCUGUCGUUAUAUUUAAUGGUGGUAAUGCAAGCAGAUUGGAAGAGCUAGGAACUAAAAUGGCUAUAUUAAAGGAACUAAACAAGGAGCAAAUUGAUAAAGUAAAACUACAAACCUUAGUAUUGUCUAAAAAGGCAAGAUCUUUGGAAAAAUGAAAAAGAAUUUAUUUGGAUAAUACAGAAGAAAAUGAACAUUACAGUGGUGAACUGCUGUUUUUACUAAAAAUAAGAAACUUUCCAAUAUUAUCUUAAAAACGGAAAAAAAGAAGAAUCUUUUGAGCUGUGUCUUACUGCAGUGUUAUGAAUAAGCUUACUAUUUAUUAGAUUGAUUUGGAAAAAUUGAAAUGAUGGAAGUGCCAUUAAAAAAAAGUGAACAAAAAAUGACCUUUGAGAAUGUCAACAAUCUCACACCCAUUCAAGAGUUUUACUCUGGUCAAAAUAUAUUCAUAACCGGAGGAACAGGAUUUAUAGGAAAAUUAUUGAUUGAGAAAUUAUUGAGGGCAUGUCCCGGUAUCAACUGUAUUUACCUUUUGAUACGUUCAAAAAAAGGAAAAAAUGUGCUUCAACGCAAGGAGGAACUCAUAGAAGAUUUGUUAUUUUCCACGCUUAGAGAGAAGGAACCAACAUUCCAUAAUCGCAUAGUCACGAUCGAGGGCGAUUGUAGUUUACUAAAUCUUGGUAUCUCGAUGACCGAUAAGACAACACUUAUACAAAACGUUUCCAUUGUUUUUCAUGUCGCGGCGACUGUGAGAUUCAAUGAAAAAAUAAAAUCGGCCACAGCUAUUAACGUUCGAAGCUUGAAGGAUGCCAUAAAUUUGUCUAAGGAAAUGCCAAAAUUAAAGAGUUUCGUCCAUGUAUCCUCUGCUUACGCCAAUUGUAUCCACAGUCUGAUUGAAGAAAAGUUUUAUAAAUCACCAAUAGAAGCCGAUAAAUUGAUGAAUUUGGUGGACGACAUCGAUGAAAAAUUACUCGAUGAAAUUACACCAAAAUUACUUGGAAUAUGUCCGAAUUCUUACGUGUACACAAAAUCAGUCGCUGAAAAUGUGGUGAAAAAUAAUACUGGAACAUUACCGAUUGGAAUAUUUCGUCCAGGAAUUGUGAUAUCAACAUAUCGUGAACCUAUUCAAGGAUGGAUUGAUAACAUAUACGGGCCAGUUGGACUUGGAAUAGGCGUUGGAAUCGGAUUAAUACGAAUAAUACAUUGCGAUAAAUUGGUAAAAGUUAGUUUAGUACCGGGUGAUAUGACGAUCAACGGUUUAAUCGUUAGCGCUUGGGAUAUUGCGCGUAACGGAAGAUCAAACGACGAUGUACCUAUUUACAAUUAUGUAUCUAAGGAUAAUCCGAUAACUUUUGAGGAGAUGAUAAAUAUGUCUUUGAAAAAUGCAAUUUCAAUACCUACUAUGGAAGCAGUUUGGUAUUGUAGCUUUAGAAAUAUAAAAUAUCGGUUCGUUUAUACCAUUUUAAUAUACAUUCUACAUUUAUUACCAGCUCUUAUAGUGGAUACGUUCGCUUUGUGCGUCGGUAAACAGCCAAGAUUACUCAAAAUAUAUAACAAAAUUCACAAACACUCGGACUUACUCGGUAUAUUUGCUACAACCGAAUGGAGAUUUACGAAUGAAAGAUGGAACGAACUAUUAAAGAAAUUAACAGCAGAAGAUCGUCAAUUGUUUUUCUGUGAUAUAAAAGAAUUAGUUUGGGAUACUUUCUUUAAAAAAUAUCCCUUAGGGAUAAGAACAUACAUUUUAAAAGAUCCCAUCGAAACGAUUCCACAAGCUCGUAUAAAAUGGCGCAGGCUUUACUGGAUGCAUCAAACGUUGAAACUUAUUAUCGGCUCUGUCUUUCUUAUGAUCACAUGGACUAUCAUUUCCAGACUACUUGUAACUUUUGGAUAUGCGUAAAAGUGACUUUAAACAUAGCGAUCGAAAAAGAAAAAAAAGAUAAUUAUAACACGUUAUGCUAAAGUAAAAAAAUCAAAGAUUUCUUUUAUUAAAUAAAACGUUUAUGAGGUAAAAAUACAAUUGAUAUGAGUGAAGAUAUAACUUUUCUUCGUAAAAUCUCAAAUAUUGAUGUUUGAUUUUCUUUCUUUUUUAUGUUUUUUACUUUUAAAUUACUUAUUUAUUAAAAGAAAAAAAUAAUAAAAUAUGCUUAAUUUAUUACUUUUGUAUAUCCGCGUUUUGAACGAUACCACAAAUCGAUUUAAAUCUUGCUGAAACCAUAUUUUCGAAAGAUAAUGUAUCACGAUUAUACGCUUUGAUAUUUCUAACGAAGGAUGAAAACUAGUAUCAAAGAAUAAAUUCAAUGAUUGAGUAUCGGGUCAACAUGUGUACCGGAAUGAUCAUUGUAAAAUCUUAUCUUGCAUUCUUUUGUCUACGCAUCUGUUCCGAAUUUCAAUAAUCUAACAAAAGUCUCAAAAGUGAAGUUUCAAAUUUUGAGCUAUGAAUCGUUGCGUUUGGUUAGACAUCAAUAGAAUAAUAUAAUUGAAGACUACAGGGUUGGGAAGCCUACUGCUUGUAUUUGAUUUUACAGUUCAAUGCAAAAGUGCAAGAGUAAGGUUCAUCUUCUGUAAAGUAAAAAGUAGCUAUGAUAGUGAGUAAAAUUUAUAUAUCUAUUAAAACAAAAAAGAUAAUAAAAAUUUACAGAUACCAUCUUUUAUGAAAAUUAAAGAAUAGUCGUACGAUAUUUUAAUACUGUAUCGUCGUUAGGCUAUAUAUUGUAAACAUAGACCGAACUUAAUUUUAUUUUUGCUCGUUAAUUCGAGAAGCAUAAAAGGUAAUAAAAUAUCAACAAAUGUCAUCGAAUUAUAAAAAAAUAUGCCUAUGGUAUCCUUAAAAAAAAAAAGAAAAGGAGUAAAUUUGGAUUUAAAAAUUUGUCACUAAAAAAUUCGUCCACACACACAUUCGUGCGGACAUAUGUAUAUAUACAUAUGUAUGAAUUCAACGAAAAAAUUUAACGAAGAAUAGUUUAUUAGCGAUGUCUAAUUAGAAGGAAGGAUUAUAUACUGUGCAGUAUAAAAAGUUGUGUCGACUAAGAAAAUAAUAUUAGAACAAAUUAUUGAAUAUAUGAUGCUCUUGUAACGAUUAUCCAAGAGAGGUAAACGUAUAUAUUUACAACGUUAUUUUUGUUUCUUAUUUUAUCACUCAAUUCAAUUAUAAAUAAUUUAUCAAUUUAUGCACGAACAUCAAAAUCUCGAGUGUUAUUAAAAAGUCGAUCAGUUGACUUUUCUUCGAUACUCGUUACGAGUAAUCCUAUUGAUUUAAUUUUUGAAAUUAUUAUUAACGAGAUAAAGACAAUGCGGAUGGAAUCAUUUCCAAUUAGAAAUUAUAUUUCACAUAUAUUAUAUAAUACAUACAAAAACUUAAUCUAAUUUAAUUUAUCUCAAUCAUUUCAUUAUUAUAUUUUUCGUCUGUUUGUAUUGCGGAAAAAUAAAAAGAAAAAUAAAUAAAUAAGAGCCAUAUAUAUCGGGGUCUCUUUCCCGAAAUAAAUCUUUACAAAUUUUGAUUUCUGAAUUCCUUCGUUUUUAAAAAAUCAUUUUUCGAAUACAUAUUCGAGUUAACCAAUUUCAUGUGAAGAUAUAUUACGACCAUGUAUUUUUAUUUUUAUUUGCUUAAAGGUUUCAAGAUCGUUUCGAAAUUCAUUUCUUUUUUCGAUAUAUCUUUUUUUUCUUUAAUUGAAAGCCACAUGUUUUAUAUUAACAACGUAUUAUAUGCAAGAAAAAAUGAAUAAAACUGGUCCGAAAUAUAUUUUAAUCCGUUUUCAAACACUCAAGAUGUUUAACGAACUAUCUUCGUAUUCAAAAGAAAAAGAAAGAAAAACAAACGUUUUCCUUGAAAUGACCUUGAAAUCUUUACUCUAAAUGAAAAAAAAUGAUGCGAAAUUUUGAUCUUUGAUUUUAUUUUUAUUGAACGCUAUCGAAAUUUGGAUGAAAAUCGUCUUAGCAAAUUUUUUGUAAUAAUACGCUGACUCGAAGUACCAUAGUUUUGAUUGUAUAUAUGUAUAUGACACAUGUGUAAUUAAUUAUCACCUAUAAUUAACUAUCAAAAAUAAUUAAUUAUCACGAAUAAUGUAUUAUUAUGAAUAAUUAAAUAUUACGGGCAAUAUAGCUGUCACGAAUAAUAAAUAUAUUUUUAUGAUCGAAAUUGUUCGUAAUCAAUGUGAUUGUCCGAAUACAAAAAACUAAUUCAUCCGUUUUUUUAAUACUUUUUUAGUUUCAUAGAUUAGUAUUAUUUAUUUGUACUUUUUUUAAUAUAUAUGCUCGUCAAAAAUGUUUGUUAAAUAUAAACAAUUUACUUUCUUUUAUUGCGUAUAUUAUUUUACGUAGACAUAUUUUAUUAUGUAAAUAAUAUAAGCAUUUAUUUGAAAUAUUGCAAUCGAAUGAGAAUAUACAAUCUAAUGUUAAAAAUAAUAAAUACUACUAAUAAAAAUAUUAAAAACGUCAGAUUUAAAAAAAAAUUAUUCAAAAAACAAGCUAGACGAACUAUAAUCAACGCAUAAGGGACUAAUUAUUUUAAAAUAACAGAUUAAGAACAUUGAGCAUUGAGACUAAUAGAGUUAUGCGGUAAUUAGUAAAAUCUAAUUACAAUAAUCAUUGAAAAGGAAAAUACAAAAAAAGGAGCAAGAAAAGAAGAAAAAAGAGAAAAGAAAAAAUGACCAAGAAAAGCAACAAUCGAUCAGUAGGACAAACAAAAAGAACUUAGCCAUUUAUAUUUUCAAAUCGAUUUGUAAAAUUAGAAAUAAUGGAUGUCCUGGCAGGAAACGACGUUAUAUAUUCUAUUAACCAUUGUUUUCUUUAUUAUUCCUUUAACGACUUUCAAAUUACAGAGUAAAAUAUUUCGACUUGUACAAAGUAAAAUUAGUCGGUAUAUAUUAUCUACUACUUUAUUCGGUUCAAACUUAACUCGAUUUAUAAAAUAUCAUAGCGUACAAAAAUGAUGUUCUCGUUAACUGAAAUAAAAGAUUUCGAUUAAUAUAAAAUAUUUUUGUUAUCAUAGUCCAUAUCUGUAGAAUAUAUUUUACCGUAGCAAAAAGAUAAUGGGAUAAUACAAUAAUUCUUUUAACAGAGAGAUUGCAUGGCAUCAUGCUCUUCAUUAUCAAGAAUGGUAACAUUUUUUGCGUUUUCAGCGAUAACGAUUAAAAUGGAAUUUGGCAUCUACAAAAAUUAAUUUAUCAUAUUUUAUAUAUAUAUAUAUAUAUAUAUAUAUAUAUAUAUAUGCAAGAAAAUUGCUCAACAAAUUGAAAAUGUACAGUAAUACAUACAAUUUUGUAUAUAUUUCAGUAGUAAUCUAUUAAUUUUUGUUCAAGGUAAUAAUAAGUACAUAUUACGAACAUAGAUCCAAUAAUAUAACUACAUUUUUAUAAUCCUGCGCUCAUAUUUAACACAAAAGCAAGAAUCUGAAGAGCCUAGAAAAAAAAUGUUUCAUACGGUUGCUUUACUACGAUAAGGGAAAUAUCGACAACAAAAUUAUUUUUCCUUUUAAUUAUUUUUUUCAAACAAAAAACUACAUCACUUACGUAAAGAAAAUUUAUGACAAUGAAUAGCACCGCGAAAGUCGUUUCGAACAGACAAAUUUUCCCAUGAUACAGUUUUAUUAAAGCGACGAAACUCGGAGAGCGAGGAGAUAAAGAAAAACAAAGACCAAACUAAGAAAAAAUAAAAAAGACAUGCGAUGAUAUUGUUAUUCAUAAUCGAUGUAUAUGCGUAUAAAUUAUAGAAAAUAUAAUUUUGUAAAAUUAAUUACAAACUCGACAA